GGACUCAGCCCUCGCUGCAGAUGGCUGAAAAGAGACUUCUGGGGGCAGCAGACCUUGUCCAGCUGGCAGGUUUCUUUUAGGCCUAUUUGUGCUCCUCAAAAGAAUGGGCAGAUAGUGCCCCCCCCCCAAAAAAACUACACUUUCUCCCACUGAAACCAAUCUUUGGAGUGUGAAAAGGAUGGCUGUCAUUAACGGUAGCUUGCUUGACAUCAACACCAACGAUUCGGAACUCCUGUGCAAGCUCGUCUCGGGGAAAAAUCCUUUUUACUGCAGGAACCGAACCCAUCGUUUUAAAGAUUUAGACCAGACAGUCCGAAUUCUGCUCUAUUCCCUGAUAUUCCUGCUCAGCGUCUUGGGCAACACUCUAGUCAUCAUCGUGCUGAUCAGAAACAAGAGGAUGAGGACCGUCACCAACAUAUUCCUGCUCUCGCUGGCGAUCAGCGACCUGAUGCUGUGUUUCUUCUGCAUGCCCUUCACUUUCAUUCCUAACAUUCUGCAGGACUUCAUUUUCGGCCGCACCCUCUGCAAAAUUACCAGCUACUUCAUGGGGAGGAAGUGCAGUGAGCCAAGAAAUCUUGCCCCGAUGUGCUUCAGCUUCCAGUGCACGUCCAGAGCCCCCUGGAGCCUCAUCCGUAAUUGGCCGAUGACCGGCUAUUCCAGGAAAUCUGUGCUGAGGAGGAGGAAGAUUUCGAAUGGUCGCUGCUUCAUAUGGAAGCUUGUCGACUAUCAAAAGGGCUGCCCCAAGUGCUUUAUGGUCCGGGAGGCAUCCACGUGA